AUGGAAUCUGCUUCCUUGAACUUAACACUCGCCGCUGGUGGUGGUUCGUCUAUUGGUGUAGCGCUCGCUGCGGUGCUGCUGUUAGGGAUCGGUGCUCAGUGGGCUGCAUGGCGGUUGAAGAUUCCAUCCAUUCUGUUGCUUCUGAUCUUCGGAUUAAUCGCAGGGCCAGUGAUGCGGCAGAUGGGCUCUUUGUCCUCCUUCUCGAUCAAUCCAGACGACAUCUUCGGAGCAGAUUUACUUCUUGCGCUUGUAGGAAUCUCUGUUGGGAUGAUCCUGUAUGAGGGGGGGUUGACUCUCAAACUGAGGGAGAUCCGAUCUUCUUGGCGCAGCGUCGCGAUGUUGGUGACGGUGGGAUCCUUUGUGACUUGGAUGGUCGCUUUGUUGAGCGCCAAGUUCAUACUUGGAUUGAGUACUCCGAUCGCGACGCUUUUGGGAGCUGUGUUGAUUGUGACCGGGCCGACAGUGAUCGGUCCAUUGCUUUCUCAUAUCAGGCCAUCUGGGGCGAGUGGGUUGAUUCUCAAGUGGGAAGGGAUCGUCAUCGAUCCGAUCGGGGUCGGUGUUGCGGUGCUGGUCUUCGAGGCGUUGGUUGCACAAGAGGGAACAUACAGCUUCGAGGUGACGGCUGAAGCGAUCGCUCGAACGCUCGUGGCGGGAAUCUUCUUGGGGACUGCUGCAGCGCUGCUGCUCAAGGAACUCUUGAAUCGAUUCCUGAUCCCCGAUUUCUUACAGAAUCCAGUUUCAUUGAUGCUAGUUGUCGCGACCUUCACGGCAUCCAACAUGAUCAUGACCGAGUCGGGGUUGCUCGCGACGACAGUCAUGGGGAUCGUGCUGGUCAAUCAACGCAAGGUCGAUGUGCACCACAUCCUGGAGUUCAAAGAGAACCUCCGAGUGCUGCUGAUCUCCGUGCUGUUUAUUGUCCUCGCGGCGAGAUUACGGAUUGAGGAUUUGCAGCAACUCAACUGGUUCGAGGUGAUUGGAUUCCUGUUUGUGCUCAUCGUGAUUGCUCGACCGCUUGGUGUGUUCUUCUCAACGCUUGGCGCGGGGUUGAGCUGGCAAGAGCGUGUGUUCCUGUGCUUGAUGGCACCACGAGGGAUUGUCGCCGCGGCAGGGGCUUCGAUCUUUGCACUCGGACUGGAGAAGGCGGGAGUCGAGGGGUACGAGACGAUUGUGCCGCUGACAUUCACUGUCAUCAUCGGCACAGUCGCAUUUUAUGGGAUCACGGCGCCUUGGGCGGCUCGGGCACUUGGGGUCUCUGAUCCGAAUCCUCAGGGUAUCGUCUUUGUUGGUGCGAGCAGUUGGGUUCGAGCACUUGCUGGAGUUCUCACGAAACACGGGAUAGCUGUGUAUUUGGUGGAUACCAAUCGUGCAAACAUCCGACGAGCGGUGAUGAGUGGGCUGCCUGCAACACAUGCCAAUAUCCUGUCGAUGAAUGACAUCACCGAUCUCGAUCUUCGAGGGAUCGGACGCGUGUUUGCGGCGACUCCCAACGAUGAGGUCAACACACUCGUGCUCCAAGCAUUCAAGGGAUAUUUCGAUACAUCGAAGAUGUACCGCCUCUCGAGAGUGACUUCAAAAGCGACCAAGGCUCCUGACUCGGGCCACUCAGAUAGCGCAGGACGAGUCUUGUUUGGUGAGGAACUGGGGUACUCAGAACUUGAAGAUCAUCUGGAAGAUGGAUGGGUCAUCAAGGCGACCAAUAUCUCUAGCGAGUUUACCUUCGAGGAUUACCAGACUCUUUACGGGUCAUCAGCGGUGGCGCUCUGCACACUGCGUGAUGGCGUGAUGAGUGUGAGCACGGUAGAUGCACCGGCUGCACCGAUCGCUGGGGACACAAUCAUCUCGUUGGUCAAUCCAGAUGAGUUGUUCAUGCUCAGAGCGAUGAACGAGGGGCUCUGA